GCGUCGCCUCCUCUGUGAGCACGUGACUGAUGAAACGAAGCGCGCGUGGUUUGAAAGCAGAGGGUUUUAGGAGUUUAUGAUCAAUAAAACGCGCUAAUGGACGAUGAGGAGGAGACUUAUCGAUUAUGGAAAAUCCGCAAGACCAUAAUGCAGCUCUGCCAUGAUCGAGGGUUUCUGGUGACCCAGGAUGAGCUGGACCAGACCUUGGAUGAAUUUAAAGGUCAGUUCGGUGACCGGCCUAGUGAGGGGCGACCCAGACGGACGGAUCUCACCGUGCUGGUCGCCCACAACGACGACCCCACCGACCAGAUGUUUGUUUUCUUUCCAGAGGAGCCUAAAGUGGGCAUCAAGACCAUUAAGAUGUAUUGCCAGCGGAUGCAGGAAGAAAACAUCACUCGGGCCAUCAUCGUAGUCCAGACGGGCAUGACGCCAUCUGCUAAACAGUCUUUAGUUGACAUGGCACCAAAAUACAUCCUGGAACAGUUUCUACAGCAAGAGCUGCUAAUAAACAUCACAGAGCAUGAGUUGGUCCCUGAACACAUCGUUAUGACAAAAGAGGAAGUGACAGAGCUGCUGGCCAGAUAUAAACUCAAGGAGAGCCAGUUACCCAGAAUUCAGUCUGGAGAUCCCGUGGCACGAUAUUUUGGGCUGAAACGAGGGCAGGCGUGUCUCUCCGUCUAACAGGUGGUGAAGAUCAUCCGGCCCAGUGAGACGGCUGGACGCUACAUCACAUACAGACUCGUACAGUGAAGACCAGAGUGUCAUCAAGCUUUGAUUUUUCAUUGCGUCUCAUGUUCUUUUGUUUUAUAAUGGGUUUCUUGUGAUGGACGGCAACAAUUAUGAAUUUAAUUUCCCUAAAACUUGAAUUUUGGAUUAUGUUUGUUUUUGCAAAACAACAAAAUAAAUCAAUUUUUGUUCCAUGAA